GUUAAAUGUCCGCUUCGUCGCUGCAAGAAAAUAAACAUUAGAUAGGCCUUAAAUUAACAAAAUUACAGAUAUUGCCUUAACAAAAUUACAGAUAUUGCCAUGGAGUUUCCACUGAUUUCUUCCAUUCAAAGAGUAAAUAUUUAUGAAACAAAAGCGAGGUUCUAUAUUGUGGGUUCCAACAAUACCGGGACUACAUAUCGAGUCCUUAAAGUUGAUAGAACAGAGCCAAAGGAACUCCAUAUUCAUGAUGACAAGCAUAUUUACAGCCAUCUGGAAAUAAUGAACUUAUUGACAACAAUAGAAUCAGGUAACAGAACAACAACCAAGCAAAAACAACAGUCAACUGGACUUACAAAGAGCGUCUCUGCAUAUGGUAUAGUAGGUUUUGUGAAGUUCCUAGAAGGUUACUACAUGGUGCUAAUCACAAAGAGGAGUAAGGUGGCCCUCAUUGGCGGGCAUACUAUUUACAAGAUAGAGGACACAGUGAUGCAAUAUAUACCUAAUGAUGGAGUCCGAUACACGCAUCCUGAUGAACCUAGGUAUGUGAAGAUGUUUCAAAGCGUGGACCUGUCCAGCAACUUUUAUUUCAGUUAUAGCUAUGAUCUGACUCAUACGCUGCAGUAUAACAUGGAACCUGUUAUAAAACCUGGAGACAUGAGAAGAACACAUGAUAAAACUGACAAUACUACAGGCAUACCUGAUGAAAGAAAGCGAUACUGGACCUCUAAAAGAUGGUCCGUCGUCUGGUUCCCAAAUGAAAUAGAUACGCUCUCCAAAGGUAAAAGUAUCGUCUGCUUCUCUUCACAGGUGGAAGAUGAGGACAUUGUUUAUGGAGUGAAAUCCAAGCCAGAGACAAAAUACAUCUGGAAUAAACACUUAACUGAUAUAUUCAAGGAAGAAGUUCACCCAGAUUGGGUGUUACAUCUUGUUUAUGGUUUUAUAGCGCAAUGCAAUCUCUACAUCUAUGGCAAGUCUGUCUAUGUAGCACUGAUAGCAAGAAGAUCUAACGAGUAUGCUGGUACAAGAUUUCUUAAAAGAGGGGCAAAUAGUCAGGGCUCUGUAGCAAAUGAAGUUGAAACAGAGCAAAUUGUUUAUGACACAUCAGUAACAGACCUUCACAAGAGUAAGAUAGCUUCAUUUGUCCAAAUGCGAGGCUCGAUACCCGUGUACUGGUCACAGGAUAUCUCUAAAAUGGUGCCGAAACUGUUUUUAUACAGUGUAAUGGAUCAGAGAGACCCAUACUUUCAAACUGCUGGAAUUCAUUUUAACAAAUGUUUAUACAGAUAUGGUUCACCUGUUUUACUCCUGAAUCUUGUAAAG